CCGAGCCGAGCCGGGCCGGGCGGGCCGGGCGCGCAGGCAGGUGGAGCUCGCGCUCCGCCGGGCCCCUGCGGUCUCGGCAGCCGUUUGCAUUUCCUGAAACCGGAUCUGGGCGUCGGAGCCGCCCCCGGCCGGCCGGGCGGGCGGGUGCUCAGCCAUGGCCCUGCGCAAGGAGCUGCUCAAGUCCAUCUGGUACGCCUUCACCGCGCUGGACGUGGAGAAGAGCGGCAAGGUGUCCAAGUCCCAGCUCAAGGUGCUGUCCCACAACCUGUACACGGUACUGCACAUUCCACAUGACCCGGUGGCCCUGGAGGAGCAUUUCCGGGAUGAUGACGACGGCCCCGUGUCCAGCCAGGGCUACAUGCCGUACCUCAACAAGUACAUUCUGGACAAGGUGGAGGAGGGCGCGUUCGUUAAGGAGCACUUCGACGAGCUGUGCUGGACCCUGACGGCCAAGAAGAACUACCGGGUGGACAACAACGGGAGCGGAGCCCUCUCCAACCAGGACGCCUUCCGCCUCUGGUGCCUCUUCAACUUCCUGUCCGAGGACAAGUACCCGCUCAUCAUGGUUCCCGACGAGGUCGAAUACCUGCUGAAGAAGGUCCAGGGCAGCAUGAGCCUGGAGGUGGGCCCGGGCGAGCUGGAGGAGCUGCUGGCCCAGGAGGCUCAGGCCGCCCAGACCGCAGGGGGCGUGAGCGUGUGGCAGCUCCUGGAGCUCUUCAACUCCGGCCGCUGUCUCCGAGGCGUGGGGCGCGACACCCUCAGCAUGGCCAUCCACGAGGUCUACCAGGAGCUCAUCCAGGAUGUGCUGAAGCAGGGCUACCUGUGGAAGCGCGGGCACCUGAGGAGGAACUGGACAGAGCGCUGGUUCCAGCUGCAGCCCAGCUCCCUCUGCUACUUCGGGAGUGAAGAAUGCAAGGAGAAGAGAGGCACGAUCCCACUGGAUGCGCACUGCUGUGUGGAGUUGCUGCCGGAACGGGAGGGAAAGCGCUGCGUGUUCUGCGUGAAGACGGCCUCCCGCACCUACGAGAUGAGCGCCUCGGACACGCGCCAGCGCCAGGAGUGGACGGCUGCCAUCCAGACGGCGAUCCGGCUGCAGGCUGAGGGCAAGUCGUCGCUCCACAAGGACCUGAAGCAGAAGCGGCGCGAGCAGCGCGAGCAGCGGGAGCGCCGCCGCGCCGCCAAGGAGGAGGAGCUGGUGCGGCUGCAGCAGCUGCAGGAGGAGAAGGAGCGGAAGCUGCAGGAGUUGGAGCUGCUGCAGGAGGCGCAGCGGCAGGCCGAGCGCCUGCUGCAGGAGGAGGAGGAGCGGCGCCGCAGCCAGCACCGCGAGCUGCAGCAGGCGCUGGAAGGACAGCUGCGGGAGGCCGAGCAGGCCCGGGCCUCCAUGCAGGCCGAGAUGGAGCUGAAGAAGGAGGAAGCCGCCCGGCAGCGGCAGCGCAUCCAGGAGCUGGAGCAGAUGCAGCAGCGGCUGCAGGAGGCGCUGCAGCUGGAGGUGAAAGCGCGGCGCGACGAGGAGGCGGUGCGCCUGGCCCAGACCAGGCUGCUGGAGGAGGAGGAGCAGAAGCUGAAACAGCUGCUGCUGCUGAAGGAGGAGCAGGAGCGCUACAUCGAGCGCGCGCAGCAGGAGAAGCAGGAGCUGCAGGAGGAGAUGGCGCUGCAGAGCCGCUCGCUGCAGCAGGCGCAGCGGCAGCUGGAGGAGGUGCGGCAGAACCGGCAGCGGGCCGACGAGGACGUGGAGGCUGCCCAGCGGAAGCUGCACCAGGCCAGCACCAACGUGAAACACUGGAACGUCCAGAUGAACCGGCUCAUGCACCCGAUUGAGCCUGGAGACAAGCGGCCCGCCACCAGCAGCUCCUUCACAGGCUUCCAGGCCCCGCUGCUGGCCCGCCGGGACUCCUCCCUGAAGCGCCUGACCCGCUGGGGCUCGCAGGGCGACAGGACCCCCUCCCGGAGCAGCAGCGAGCAGCAGCCGAAGCCCCUCAACGGUGCCAGCGAGGCGGCCCAGCCCGCACCCGCCGCUCAGGAAGGCCAGCCCGAUCCACCACCGGAGCACGAGCCCGUGUGAGCCACUCGGCCUUUGGCGCGCCAGGGCCCGGUCACAGUGGGGCUGUGCGUGACGUCAGCCCCUGCGGAAGGGGGACCUGAGGGCCCCCCCCAACCCAGGAGGCAGCCCAGAUGGAACCCGGUGGCACUCGGUGCAGCGUCAGACUCCAUCCACAGCAUGGGGGUUCUCUGGGCUCCCUGCGACUGCACCCCACGCCUUAGCCCCGAGGGCCCCGGCUGCAGCCCUGGGACAGAAGAAAUCGCGGCCCAGCGUGGGGCCCCGCCUCCCAGGGCGAGGAGGCCUGUUUCCAAAUAAAAACUGCUCUUGGAAUUACAUCGUGGCCACAUCUGCUCCCGGCUGCCGCUGCCACCGCUGUCCCCCUUCUUCCUCGCUCUGUAGCUGCGCGGGUCCCGGUCCCAGGAGGAAGGGUGCUGCAGGGGCUCACGGGAAGGCGCUCCGCCACUGGCUGGCCGGCUGACUUCUGUCCAGCUUCGUCAUCUCUGCACUUCCGUUCGGCUGUGCUUGGUAGCUCAGAGAUAGUGAUCGUGCCCAGGGGGGUGUUUGUGGGAUUGUCGUAAGGAGGAUGUAGUUGGCAUAUAAGCCACUGCUGUUAGUAGUAUCACUCCAGAAGUUCUUGUGUUUUUUGUAGGUUUUUUUUUUUUAGCUUUUUGGGUUGGGUUGGAGCAAUGGUACAGUGGGUAGGGCGUUUGCCUUGCAUGCGGCCGACCCAGGUUCGAUUCCUCCACCCCUUUCAGAGAUCCCGGCAAGCUAUCGAGAGUAGCUCGCCUACAUGGCAGAGCCUGGCAAGCUACCUGUGGUGUAUUCGAUAUGCCAAAAACAGUAACAACAAGUCUCACAGUGGAGAUGUUACUGGUGCCCACUUGAGCAAGUCAAUGAGCAAUAGGAUGACAGUGACAGUGACAGCUUUUUGGGUCACACUCGGCAAUGCUCAGGGGUUUCUCCUGGCUCUGCACUUAGCAAUCACUGUUGGCGGUGCUCAGGGGACUACAUGGGAUGCCAGGGAUUGAAGCCGGGUUGACCGUUUGCAAGGCAAAUGUCCUACCCGCUGUGCUAUCAUUCCGAACCCCUCUCCAGAAGUUAUCAAACGCCCAAAGAUAAUGCAGGGGUGAAGGUGUUUACCUUGCACACAGCCAACCCCGAUUCAAUCCCUGGCAUGACAUAUGAUCCUUCAAUCACUGCCAGCCCUGAGCACAAAGCCAGGAGUACUGUGUUCUGCUGGAGGUGACCUAAAACAAGACAUAAAAAUACCUUUGGGUGGGGACCAGAAUGAUAGCCCAGUGGGUAGGGCGCUUUCCUUGCAUGCAGAUGACCUAGGUUUGAUCCCCGCCAUUCCAUAUGGUCCCCCAAGCACUGCCUGGAGUGAUUCCUGAA